GCAGUACGAGCUACCAGCUAUUCACUUGCGGCGCAAGUCUUGCGCGAAUCAGUGAAGUGCGUGCCGGCAUCCUUGUUGAAUAUGUGCACCAUUGACUUUUAACUUCACAGAUCACACUCGUCACCAUCGUGCGUUGGGUGUUUUUUUUUUUCGAGAGUCCGAUCAUAGGUAAUUGUCAACAAUUUCUCUCACGAUCUUUCCUGGAAGAUUGUCGUCCAGGCCGUAAGUGACGUAAAAUGGCAACGCUUAAGCUGCUGGUGGGAGGUGCGAGUGCCAUAGGUGCCAGUGCUCUUACCUCUUAUCUGUUACUUUCCGACAAUACCGUUUAUGCGGACAAAUCGAUACUAAAGCCAUUGAAGAGGCCUUUGCCUACGAGAGAAGAACAAGUCAAGACGUUAAAAAGUCAAGAACAAUAUGACGUUCUUAUUGUUGGUGGCGGUGCAACAGGGGCUGGAUGUGCGUUGGAUGCCUGUACACGAGGUUUGAAAACUGCCUUGAUCGAGGGGGAUGACUUCGCAUCCGGUACAUCGUCUAGAAGUACAAAGCUUAUUCAUGGAGGUGUCCGUUAUUUACAAAAAGCCAUACUGCAGGUAGACGUGGAGCAAUAUAAAAUGGUCAAAGAAGCGCUACACGAAAGGGCAUCGAUGCUACACAGCGCGCCUCAUUUGGCUCAUCCUCUGCCUAUUAUGUUACCUGUUUACACAUGGUGGCAAAUUCCCUAUUACUGGUUCGGUAUAAAGAUGUAUGAUCUGGUGGCUGGAAGCAAAACAGUGAAAUCGUCGUAUUUCCUUAGCAAAGCUGAUGCAUUAGAAUUGUUCCCUAUGCUGAAAGGAGACAAACUUACGGGAGCUAUUGUCUACUACGAUGGUCAACAGGAUGAUGCCAGAAUGAAUUUGGCUGUCGCUCUGACUGCUUCGCGGCACGGUGCAACGGUUGUGAAUCAUGUGUCAGUCGUUAAUCUCUUAAAAGGCCUUGAUAAGGAUGGUAACCGAGUACUCACUGGCGCGCAUUUGAGAGAUGAACUCACUGGAGACGAAUGGGACAUAAAAGCAAAAGCUAUAAUCAACGCGACAGGUCCCUUCACGGAUUACAUAAGGAAAAUGGACGAUCAAAGUGUCAAAGAGAUCUGUUGUCCUUCCUCUGGCGUUCACAUUGUUCUUCCAGGUUAUUAUAGUCCUGAUCAGAUGGGACUCCUGGAUCCAGCAACGAGCGACGGUCGAGUGAUCUUCUUCCUACCUUGGCAAAAGCAAACGAUCGCAGGAACGACAGAUCUACCCUGUGAUGUAACACAUAAUCCCAAACCCACCGAAGACGAAAUCAUGUUUAUUUUACGCGAAGUCAAGAACUACCUCAACCCAGACGUUGAAGUUCGUCGAGGGGACGUGCUGUCCGCCUGGAGCGGUAUCAGACCUCUUGUUUCCGAUCCGAAUAAACCAAACACUCAAUCGCUUGCUAGAAAUCAUAUUGUGCACGUUAGCCCUACAAAACUUAUCACGAUAGCUGGAGGAAAAUGGACAACUUUCAGGGCGAUGGCUGAAGAAACAAUCGACACAGCUAUCAAAGCUUGUAAUCUGAAACCUGAAAGACCCUGCCAAACGAAUGGUUUCCUUCUGGAGGGAGCUCAUGGUUGGAGUCCAACGAUGUACAUUAGAUUAGUGCAAGAUUUUGGAUUGGAGUGCGAAGUCGCGCAACAUCUGGCCAAAAGCUACGGAGAUCGAGCAUUUGCUGUAGCAAAGAUGGCUUCCCUGACUGGUAAACGGUGGCCAAUUAUAGGUCAAAAGCUCCAUCCUGAAUUUCCAUAUAUAGAUGCUGAGAUUCGGUACGGAGUUCGUGAAUACGCGAGAACGGCAAUUGAUAUGAUCGCGCGACGAUUGAGAUUAGCGUUCCUGAAUGUUCAAGCAGCGCAAGAGGCUCUUCCAGGCAUCAUAGACAUCAUGGCAGAGGAACUACAUUGGUCCGAGGAUGAAAAGAAAAAGCAACACAAACAAGCCAGCGAAUUCCUUUGCAAUGAAAUGGGCCAGAUGGUUAAUCGUGCUUCUCGCGAUAAGAUUCCCAUCAACCUUACGAAGGAAGAAAUACAGCUGUACAUUAAACGCUUUGGUAUUAUCGACAAAGACAACAAAGGAUACGUAUCCAUUAACGACAUCAGGCGAGGACUUAAGGCACUUGGGACAAAAGUUUCAGAAGACGAGCUGCACAUAUUGCUCAAUGAAAUUGAUCUCAGUUACAAUGGGCAAAUGGAACUACAAGAUUACCUGCAGCUAUUUGGUGACAAGGAAGUACCUGGUGAAGAGCUUCAUGAAAUACUACGCGAAAUCGACACUAAUAUGAAUGGUCAAGUUGAGUUGGACGAAUACCUUCAGAUGAUGUCAGCGAUCAAAUCUGGACACGUGGCGUACUCGCGUUUUGCAAGGAUGGCGGAAAUGGAAGAAGCGCAACAUGAAAAAGAAGUAUUGAAGAAACAGAUAAGCGUGGAGAGAUCAGGUGGUGGACUGUAAAAAAAUUCACGUUCGGCAGCAUCGUACAAAUUUUCGUACGUUUCUAAUAUGAUCAACACAUUCAAACAGCUACGGCAAACUGUGUAUCAUAGAAUUUUCAUUUACUCUGAACAUGAAAUGUAGCCCACUGUAGCACAGAAUUAUCACGAAAAGCUGUCUUUCGUACUUUCUACAGCGAUUACUACUUCAUUGCAUCCGUUAGAUUUUAACAAUGAAAAUGAUGAAAUCAUACGAAUUUGAAUUUUAAUGUAAAUAUCUUGUGUACAGCGUUUAAGUUACUCAAAAAUAGAUGCACUGUGUCUGUAUAUACGCCUUUCGCAAAAUACAACAUGAUUCGGACGUAUCAACGAAUAAAUAUACCGUUAUAAUAUAUCAGUCAAUAUAACUCACGUCAAAUUACACAUUCGUUUUCUUGUUUGUAUACGGAUACAUAUAUAUACAUGCAUAUGUAUAGUGUAUGUAUAUGGAAUGAUACUGGCAACUCAUAGGGUGCGAAUGUUUUAAUUAUCAUUAUCAUUAGGCUUCAUCAUAACUACACAAGAACACAGUGCAGUUUAAUGAUGGUUUCGUCUCUGUUAUCGCAUGAAAAUUGCAAUGCACAGGACAACAAAUACACGUCGAUUACUGUGAAGGUAAUUCGCGUCGCAAGUCUAAUCCUGUCUUUAGGACUCGAUAAGAUGGUUUUAUUUAUAAAUUAUAUUAAUUACUACUGUGUAUUAGUACUAGUCUCUACAUAGGCUACCCAUUAUUUAAGUAAUUAUUAUACUUAUUUAAUUUAUUGCCACUAAUGUCACACAGUCACGACAUACAUGAUCUAUGUUAGAGAUUAAUUUAUUUUACUGUCAUUAGUCAUUACCAUUGACUUAAUAAAAGCCAUAUUGUACUAUUACUAUUGAAUGUAUUUUACUCAAUAUCAUUUUGUUAUUGUUUUUAAUUUAAUCAUUUUUAUGCUUGAGCAACAUGAGAGUCAACAUGACUUGUUUAAAGUUGUUUAAAUUUUUUCUUGAAAGGAGGUUAAUAUAUAGCUAUAUAGCUAAAAUAUUGAGAUUAAUUAUUGUAUGAUAAAAUUUAAUUUUAAUAUACAGUACAUAUUGCACUAUCUGACCAAACACUUUCUUUGCAGAGAUUACUAUAC